AUGUUGGUGUCGCUUACGGUAGGGAAAGUCGAUGCUGGAGUGGCGGUGCUCCUGACAGAGGACAAACGUCUGAUCGAAUUCCCGUCGAUUCUCCUCCCAUCCGAUAUCCAGUCUGGCAGCAUCGUCGAUAUCAAUGUCGCAAGAAAUCAAGAGGCGGAAUCAAUCGCCGACCAAAAAUUCUCAGCACUCCAGUCCGAGAUCUUCGCUACAUUUGGGUCGAAAUCGCCAUCACCACCAGUUCUUCGCUGUCGCAAUGCCACGCAGACGAGCAUAGUGCUGGAAUGGGAUCCAGUCGAUCUUGCCACAGCGGAAUUCCGCAGUCUCAGUCUGUAUCGCAAUGGCACCAAGGCCGGCAAUAUUCCACGAGACAAGAUGAGCACCAAGAUCAGUGGACUUGCGCUGGACACUGAGUACACCUUUCACCUGGUGUUACGUACCAGCGCAGGGCAGUACAGCUCCGAGAAGGUUGCGAUCAAGACGCACAAAAUGACGGACCUACAUGGGAUCACGAUAACACCAGGCAUAAUGCCCGGCCAACUUAAGGAGAGUUUGGCUGAGACAGUAAACAAGAUUGGUGCGAAGAUGAUAGAUACUGUGCGCAUCGAUACCACGCACUUUGUGUGUACUGAACCCCGCGGGCAGGCGUGGGAGAAAGCAGUCGAGAUGAAUGUGCCCGUAGUGGUGCCCGACUGGGUCAAAGGUUGCGAGCGGGAAGGCAGGAUUGUGGGUGUUCGAGGAUACUACUUGGAUGCCGAUCCCAAACUUCGGCAAAUGGGGCCUAGCACGCACCAGCAGCGAGGUAGUGUCUCGAGCGCGAAC